AUGGACAGUUGUUCAUUGCAAUGUUUCAAGACCCAUAAGAGCCGUUGCACGCAUCCAACCCGCGAGACUACUGCAGAUCCAACAUCGCCUCCAAAACCAAGCGCAGCUGAGGCUGAGGCUGGCCCAUUCGGCGACCGUCUGAUCCAGGACCCAAGGCUGCAAAACAUAUUCGACCAGUAUCCGAAUUUGCGCAUCAAGCUCAAGUACAUCUUUGACACCGCCACCGCGACCGAUCAUGUCGGCGACCAGUCGAACUCUAAUGCUCGAUCACAGAGGUACCAGACUUCUCCCCAGAAGCGCAUCGCACAUGCCAUGAGAAUUCUGGCCGGUCAACUAAGUUCCGAAAGCGCAGAGGCCUCCGGUCUGAAGGCAUUUGCAGAAUUGGUGGCUGAUUUGAACUCGGACAGGCCUGGGGGAAACCCAGAGCACGCCGAUUCUUAG